GGACGUGCGCCGGCUCGCCGUGAACAUUGCGGAUCUGGGCGAGCCGAUGGAGGAGCUCAGGAAGCUCUAGCCGGGUGAAAGCGGCCGGAUGGUGCCGGGGAGGACUGCGGCCGGGCCUUUGCAGUGCCAUUGCUCGCUGGGCUGAGGCAGGAGCCGGGAGCUGGCCGGCGCUAUGGCUUGGCCGUGCAUCAGCCGGGUCUGCUGCCUCUCUCGCUUCUGGAGCCAGCUGGACAAGUCGGAUCUCUCGGUGCCGCUGACCGUCCAGAAUUACUCCGAGGUCAUAGAGCAGGAGGUGAGAUCCGUGGCCCAGCAGGUCCCUCCGGACUCGGCCCUUGCCAGCAAUCCCCCCGAGCCCCGGGGGACCCCGGCUGAUGUCCAGGAGUCGGUCUCCAAGCACGACUUCAGAUCCUGGAAGGUGCGCAAGGAGGCGAGCUGCAAGCCGAGGCGGGAGUACCAGCCCUCCGAGGUGCCCUUCUCCAGCGACACCCAGUACAAGCUCGACUUCCGAGCCUGGCCCAUCCCCAAGAAGGAGAGUUACCCCUGGCUGAAGGGCGGCCAGGAGCAGCGGGCCAUGCCCAACAGCGCCAGCGCUCACACUCUGCACCCCUCCGGGCCAGCCACAGACAAGCAGCAGAGAGGAACCAAACUGCAAAACCAUCCCAGGGAACCCGUGCACAGGCACACCACGGAGGAGCAGAUCAGACCCGCGGUGAAGACCACCUCCUACAGACAGGAAUUCCAGGCAUGGACUGGAGUUAAAGUGGUCAAACCUGUGAAGAUAAGACAGGUGUACACGCCCCCCGGAGACAAGAUUGUCCUUGAGAGCAGUUACAGGGCUGCCUUCACAGAGGAAGCAUUCCGGCGUAUAGAACCACUGCAAGUUACAUCCAGCAAGUCCCAGCACCAAAUAGCCUCAGUAACAGAGGCUGACGACACGACAAAGACAGAGAGCUCAGAGCCAGUGGUGAAGACAAAAUUGUCGCCAUCUUCGAAUUCCUCAGCGGUGUUCCAGAGCCACUCCCGUGUGCUGAAUAUAUAAACCCCAUCACACAGCCUCCCCCUCGCAGGAGCUGUCCCUUUGCUGAAGUAGUCCCGGACGAAAGGCAGCUGCUUUAAAUUCCUCCACAACAAACUAUGCAAAAACGAACCUUGGAGAAGAGGAAUGCUGGCAUUUUGAAGUGCCCCUCAUUGAAUGUUUAUUUGCAAUCGCCUGAUAAAUACUUGGCAUUGUACAGUAGAUGAUCAGUCCCAUUGGACUCGAACAAAACUCUAUUUAAUGUGUGAAUGCCUCAUCUGCAUGUUGAGUAAGGAAUAGAUUGUUUAAUUACACAACAGAGACUUGGACAACAAGCAAUAGGUCGGGCAAUAAAAGCUGAGAGAAAAGUAACGUCUGUGUGAGUUUUUCUGCUGCUGUUGCUGUGCUUACGGCAAGGAGCCGCUUCUCUGGUCAAAGCAGGAAGGAAAUUUCUCCCACUG